AUGGACACAAGACGUCCCAUCAAGGACACCGCCGAGCCAAAGGUGCUCUCAGUGGCCUUCAACAACGACUGUACCAGAUUCGCCUGCGGGUUGGACGAUGGCUUGAGGGUAUUUCGUGCCAAGGACUGUAUAAGAACCAUCAAAGAAGCACCUCGUCCUGGACACGGUCUCGCUAUCGUAGAAGCUUUGGAUGAUAGAUACGCAGUCUUGGUGGGUGGCGGAAGGUUGCCGAACUCAUCGCCUAAUAAGCUUGAAUUCUGGGACCUCGUCGAGAAGAAGAAAUCAAAGGAGCUCAACUUUGGCGAACCGAUCAUCGCCGUCCGAGUCACCACCAAAUACUGCAUUGUCGUCCUGAUGGAUCGCAGUAUAUCUCUGGAGUACAGUAAAGAUCCAGAGACCGGUGCAAUCACUCUAAGCACAGUGAAAGCAUUGUACCGGACCGCGAAAAACCCGUACGGUCUCUGCUGUAUCAGGGGCGACUCAUUAGCGCUACCUGGAGAGACUCCUGGACAAGUACAAGUUUUGACACUAUCUUCGAAGGACAAGAAGGUUUUCAAAGCUCACGAGCAAUCUUUGAGACAGAUGGCUAUGAGCAGAGACGGCAACAUCGUUGCCACUGCUAGUGAACAAGGCACCAUCAUCCGUGUCUUCAGCACCACCGAUCCAACAAAAUCCACCGAGUUGCGACGAGGCCUAGAGUCUGCGUCAAUAUGGGGCCUGGCCUUCUCUCCCUCGGCAUAUUUUAUCGCCUCUACGUCCGAAAAAGGCACAUUGCAUAUCUGGAACCUCCGUGCUCCAAGAGCAUCAGGAGAACGUUCACGACAACCGCCCGAACAGCGAAAACGCAACUCUCUCAGCCGCGUUAACCACGAUUACGACACGAUAUCUCACACAUCUGGAUCUUCGUCACCACUUCCAGGCGCUGUGGCUACAGCAGCAGGGGGCUACAUGUUACCACCACCAGAUCUCCGUCACGCACCACCCGCCACUGCACCUUCACUGACAUCAAUCUUCAGCGGUAUGGCCAAGGGCACCAGAUCAUCCACGUCUAUCGAAUUCACCAUUGGCUCAGAUCCGCCAAACUGGCAAGGUCAGCCGCGGUACACCAAUACAACACUUCCCAACGGACAAACUGCCAAGCUCAAGGUGGACAAUGUGGCUGUGCCUGGUAGGCCAGAUGGUAAACCGCCGAAAGGAGUGAUUGCCUGGGACCCGGAAGGAGGAGAUAGAAGGCUGUGGAUUGUGGAGGGUGGAGCAGAUGCUAGAUGGGAGGUGUUUGAGCUUGCGGAUGAUUUGAACACAGGCGGUGUCAGGGUUGCGAAUACGGGGUUCAGAAACUAUCUGACCAGGCAGUUUCCUGAGAGGAGUUGA